AUGAGAUUGAUCAAAAUGGCUGUGACCAUUGACACACAUCAUGGGUUUAAGCCAUUUAGCCGAUCCCAGAGAUGCAAACUCCAAUCCUACGGUCAACUUGAUCCCAACAUUCUUGAACUUAGCCAAACUGGUGGUACUCUUUCACGCUCUUUUGAACUAGCAUUUCAAGCCGAAAAUAUUCACCGUAGUUUCUCCACUCCAUGCCUCACCCUACCCACACUGCUAGGGGAAGACCUCACUUGUCACCCUCCAAGGAUUGAGAUUGUUAAUGGAAGUGGAGCUCCAGUACAUGCUCUAGUUGUUGAGGUUGCCAUAGCUAUGGCCUCAGGUGCCCAUCCAAUUCCCCUCCCGAGUGGCCUAGGUGGUGCCUAUGUUUUCCGCAACCAAAAUGGCAUCAACAUUGCUGUAGCAAAGCCAGUAGAUGAAGAGCCUUUAGCCUUGAACAACCCAAAGGGCUUAGGGGGUCAAAUGCCGGGCCAACCUGGCCUAAAGAAAUCAAUUCGCAUUGGUGAAACUGGUAUCAGGGAGUUAGCAGCUUAUCUUCUUGAUCAUGGAGGCCUUGCGGCUGUUCCUCCUACAGCUUUAGUCAAAUUCUCUCAUGCUUCAUUCUUUUUCACUUCUGAUGAAGAAGCCACUGUUCCUUCUCACAUGCCUAAAGUUGCCUCCCUACAGCGCUUUGUCGGUCACGGUUUUGAUGCAGGAGAGUUGGGCCCUUCUUUCUUCUCAACUGCUUCAGUCCACCGUAUUGGGAUCCUAGACAUUAGGAUCAUGAACCUUGAUAGACAUGCAGGGAAUAUGCUUGUGAUGACGCAUGACCAUAAUAAUACUUGUUAUGUUGGUAGGGUUACUGACCUUGUACCCAUUGACCAUGGCUUUUGCCUCCCUGAGUGGCUGGAUGAUCCAUAUUUUGAGUGGCUGCAUUGGCCACAAGCCUCUGUUCCUUUCUCUGGCAAUGAACUCGAGUACAUCUCCAAACUUGAUCCCUUUAAAGAUGCAGAGAUUUUAAGAACUAAAAUUCCUUUGCUGAGGGAGUCCGCUAUACGUGUUCUUAUUGUUUGUACCAUUUUGUUGAAGAAAGCUGCUGCUGCUGGCCUUUGUCUUGCUGAAAUAGGCCAAAUGAUGACUAGAGAAUUUUGUGGUGUUGAAGAGUUACCAAGUGAAAUGGAAAACAUUUGCUCAAAAAUCAAGGCUAGCAUCCCUCGUGGUUCCCACAGCGAGAACUGCAAAGAAGAAACUGAACAAGGGUCUAAAUGUGAAGUUGGAGGCAUUUCCUUCGGUGACCUGAACCAAGGUGACUGGGAAACGUUUUUGGAGGAUUUUGUUGAGCUUUUGCAUUGCGUUUUCGAGGACAAGAAGCGCAAAAACAAAAGAUGGAACAUCAUGAAAGUUACUGAACUUUAG